AUGGUCCUGACCCAUCAAAGAUCCUUCUUCGACGUGCUGUCGCCCCCGCCUCGCCUUCAAGUCAGUCCAGGCUCUGAGAUGGGCCCUACGGCAUUGCUCCGGGGUUCGGCGGACCACGGCACCCAGCUGGUGUCAGCAUCAUCCGAUGCCGAGGCUGUCCCUCAGGAAGUGCAGGGACCAGUGAAAUUCAAGGAUGUGGCUGUGAUUUUCACUGAGGCAGAGUGGAAGAAACACCUGGAGCAGAGGAACCUGUAUAAAGAAGUGAUGCUGGAGAAUUUCAGGAAUCUAGUUGGCCUGGAAUCAAAUCCAGAAGUCCGUCCCUGGCCCUCCUGCCCUCUGGCCUUGGGCAAGCAGCAAUUUCUUAGUCAACAUGAGCUGCGCAGUCGUCCUAUUCCAGAUUUGCACUCAGUAAAUCCACUCCGACCAGGAGAUUCCUGCCCAGAGUAUCAGCAGCGGCAGCAACAACAUUCUGAUGAAAACCACCGGGGGGCCGAAGCAGACAAUCAAGCAAGGGGAGAUUCUAAACCCUUGUCUGGGAGUAUAACUGAGAGGGGGACUCCCCUAGUUCACCCCAGCUCCCAGACAGGCAAUUGAGUGUUGGAGGUACAACUCAGGCCAGCCCCUAGGGCGUGCUCUGGGAAAGCGCACAAGGUUCUUGAGAGGGUAGAAACCUGAGGAUUUGGAGCAGUGGAGUUUGGAGAGCGUGGACUAGAUUUCAGCCGGAAGACAAACCUACUCAGACACAAGGCAGUCACAGGGGAAACAUGCGUGUGCAGGGAGUGUGGGCGAGGCUUCGGUGGGAAGUCACAUUUCAUCAGACAUGAGAGGACACACACAGGGGAAAAGCCUCAUGGGUGCGGGGAGUGUGGGCAAGCUUUUAGCCGCAAGUCACACCUCAUCAGACACCAGAGAACACACACAAGGGAGAACCCUUAUGUGUGCAGGAACUGUGGCUGUGGCUUUAGGGUGAAAUCAUACCUCAUCACCCACCGGAAGACGCAUUCUGGGGAGAAGCCUUAUGUGUGUUGCAUGGUGUGUGGGCGAGGCUUUAGCCACAAGUCUACUCUCAGCACACAUCAAAGGACACACUCAGGGGAAAGGCCUUAGGUGUGCAAGGAGCAAGGGUGUAAGAUUACCAGCCAUGCCCACCACCAGUCUGAUAAUACCAGGUUUCGAGGCUUUCAAGCACAGCCCCUCAGAAGCACCCCCAUCCCCCAAUCUCAGUGCCCAGCCUUUUAG